AUGAACCCUGAUGAUAGUCUAUAUGAUGCCUUUGUUGGUGUAGUAUCUAUAUGGGAUGCAACAUCAGUAUUGGAUUGGAUUAUAUUCCUUGAUGUUCUAUUGGAUAUUAUAUUAUUCGGUUGUGCUAUGUUUGUGGUUAAAUGGCCUAAGAAACCAGUAUUCGCUGAGCAUAUGCAAGAGGAGCUUAAGGCUAGUAUACCUAAGGCAAUACAAGAAGAAGAAGAAGAAGAGAAAGUUCAUUUACAGUUGGAUGAUGAUGAUGAUGAGGAGGAUGAUGAUGAUAUGACACCAAGGUCGAUGUUAACUGCCCCUAGUGAUGAAUCUGAGACUGUUGACUUUGUAUUAAGUCAAG